UGGAGUAACUGCAACCUUGAUUUUAAACCUUGUUUUUUUGGAAAGAAAGAUCUGUACUCUUGACUACUUCCGAAGUCCUACGCUACUCUAUCGUAGUACAUAACAGAAAAAAAAUAAGUAUACCAAGUAUUCCAAGCAAGUAAAAAGGCAACUACUGCGAAAGAUGUAUGCUGCAAGAGGUGUGUGCGUUCUGUGUGCGUGCCAUCCACAAGGGUGCGUGUGUAACUGUGUGUGAAUGUGCGAGAGAAACAGAAAGAGAGAGAGCGAGAGACAUAGUCCAAGUCCCUAAGACGGAGCAUGCCUCUGCGUCCGGCAGCCGGCAAACAUGAGCCACCCAGCCCUCCACGGCAGGACCAGCAGCAGCAGCAUCAGCAUCAGUGCGCGCACACACACCCGCGCGCACACUCCUCUUUCGCACACAGCGCAAACGGCAGCCAGGGAGCCAGCACCGACAACGGCGGCAGCUCCCUGGAAGAGGACGUCGGCGGCAGUAACAGUAAGAGCGGCAGCGGCGUUCCCGUUCCCGUCUUGCUGGCGUUACCGCCCGGCGCCGCAGCACCCAUGGAGGAGCCCACGGGCAACACGGUCGUGAUCCGCAUCGGAAUCCCAGACCUGCAACAGACGAAAUGCAUGAAAUUCAACGUGGACGUUCCCAUCUGGCGCUCCAAGCAGCGGAUCCUGUGCACGCUCAACCAGAGCCUGAAGGACGUGCUCAACUAUGGCCUGUUCCAGCCGGCAUACAACGGCAAGGCUGGCAAGUUUCUGGAUGAGGAGAGACAGCUGAGGGAAUACCCCUUCCCAUCCAUCGCUCCUGUACCUUAUCUGGAGUUCCGCUACAAAAGACGUGUCUACACUCAGUCCCACCUGGACGAGAAGCAGCUGUCUAAGCUCCACACAAAGGCCAAUCUGAAGAAGUUCAUGGAGUAUGUGCAGCAGAGGAGCAUUGAAAAGGUCUCCCGGUUUCUGGAAAAAGGCCUGGACCCCAAUUUCCACGAUCCCGACACAGGAGAAUGCCCUCUGACGCUGGCGGUGCAGCUGGAGGGAUGUGCGGAACUCAUCAAGGUGCUAAAGAGCGGCGGCGCUCAUCUGGACUUCAGAACAAAAGACGGCAUCACCUCCUUGCACAAGGCGGUGCGCAGCAAGAACCACACGGCGCUCAUCACGCUGUUAGACUUGGGCGCAUCUCCUGACUACAAGGACAGUCGGGGGCUAACUCCCCUCUACCACAGCUCUAUGGUGGGGGGAGACCCUUACUGCUGUGAGCUGCUGCUGCACGACCACGCGCAGGUCUGCUGCGUAGACGAGAACGGCUGGCAGGAGAUACACCAGUCAUGUCGUUAUGGCCACGUGCAGCACCUGGAACAUCUUCUGUUUUACGGAGCGGACAUGAGCGCCCAAAACGCUUCUGGGAACACGGCCCUGCAUGUGUGCGCACUCUACAACCAGGACAGCUGUGCACGUGUUCUACUGUUUCGGGGGGCCAACAAGGAGAUCAAGAACUACAAUAGCCAGACUGCCUUUCAGGUGGCCAUUAUAGCAGGGAACUUUGAUCUGGCGGAAAUCAUAAAGGUCCACAAAGCAUCAGAUGUUGUGCCUUUCCGGGAGACGCCCUCCUACACCAACCGUCGCCGGGUGACGGGCCACACGCCGUCCCCCCGUUCGCUGCUGCGCUCGGCCAGCGACAACAACCUCAACGGCAACGACAGCAUCCACGUCCACCACCAGACGCCCCGCGGCCGCCAGCAGGGUCACUCACCCGUGCCAUCGCUGCGCAGUCUGCCCGCUUUCGGUCAGCACCAGGGGGGCAGCCUUGGGGAGAGUCGUCAUGGGGACUUCCCCGACAGCAGCCUCCAGAGCACGGGGAGCUCCAGGUCCUCUCAUUCGCGCUCACCUUCCUUGCAUUACUCGCACGAUGACGACAGGCCGGUACCCCGACGCUCCCACAGCCACGGCUACCCCCACGGACAUCGGGGGAGACUCAGCCCCGGCUCGGUGCGGCGAGACCCCAGCCCGCCUCAUCACGUGCCGCCGGCACCGAUGGGCGCCCGCGGGCCCAAGCGGAAACUCUACAGCGCCGUCCCGGGUCGCACCUUCAUCGUCGUCAAGCCCUACACGCCGCAGGGGGAGGGGGAGAUACAACUCAAUCGAGGAGAGAGGGUCAAAGACUUUGACUGUAAUGACAUAGAAGUGCUGAGCAUUGGAGAAGGAGGCUUCUGGGAAGGCAGCGUCAAAGGGAGGACGGGCUGGUUUCCUGCCGACUGCGUGGAAGAAGUUCAGAUGAGGCAGUUUGACCCUCGGCUAGAAACUAGAGAGGACCGCAACAAAAGACUGUUCAGACACUACACUGUGGGAUCCUAUGACAACUUCACCUCAUACAGAAAGGUUUGUUUCCGAUCAGCCGCUUGCACCAGUACGACCUCUGUGUUCUCCUGUGAUUACAUCAUAGAGGAGAAGAAUGCCGUUUUACAGAAGAAAGAAAACGAGGGCUUUGGGUUUGUCCUGCGUGGAGCAAAAGCCGAGACGCCCAUCGAAGAGUUCACGCCGACCCCAGCGUUCCCCGCCCUGCAGUAUCUAGAGUCUGUGGACGUGGAGGGUGUGGCCUGGAAGGCCGGCCUGAGGACGGGAGACUUUCUCAUCGAGGUGAAUGGCGUGAACGUGGUGAAGGUCGGCCACAAGCAGGUGGUGUUACUGAUCCGACAAGGAGGCAACCGACUGCUGAUGAAGGUGGUGUCCGUCACGCGGAAACCAGAGUCGGAGGAAGUUGUCCGCAAGAAAGCGCCGCCGCCUCCCAAAAGAGCCCCCAGCACCACGCUCACACUGCGCUCCAAGUCCAUGACGGCCGAGCUGGAAGAACUGGCUUCUGCUCGGAGGAGAAGAGGAGAGAGGCUCGAUGAGAUGUUGGCGUCCCAGGAGUCCAUGUUGCGUUCUCAGCCCCCGGAGGCGGAUUACAGAGCAGCCACCGUCAAACAGCGACCCACCAGCAGGAGAAUAACACCAGCAGAGAUCAGUUCACUAUUUGAGCGACAAGGGAUGACCCUCCAUGGAGGGUUUCACCCAGCCAUGGAGAGAGGUCAUAUGGCACUACCUAAGGGGAUGUCCAGGACCAAGUCAUUUGGUGCCACUGAGGAGGAUCGGCUGUCUGCCCUGGAAGGUGAGCACCGCUUCCCCCGUAGUUCCUCCAUGACAGACAGCCUCCGAGACCACCCACAGCCUCAUCCCAUCCCACCUCCUCCACAAACAGCACCUCCUCCGCCUCCCUAUUACCUGGACAUGGGACCUCCCCCGGCUUUCUGCCCGCCGCCACCUCCGUCGCGGACCCAGAGUCAGAGCCACGAACCUGAGGGACGCUCCAGCUUUAAGCCCUCCUCCCUGGACCUGCCAUACGAGGCGGCUCAUCGGCAGGCCGCCCAGAUAGAGAGACAGAAGAAAGCCCGCUCCAUGAUCAUCCUACAGGACUCUUCCCAUUUACCUGUGGAACCCACAGAAAUCCCCCGGCCGUCUGUCGCUACUCCACCCGAGCGCAUAAAACGGAAGGGUCGGAUCAUUGACAACCCCUAUGCCAAUGUGGGCCAAUUUAGCAUUGGACUGUACACGCCUACCAAGCCUCAGAGGAAGAAAAGCCCCCUGGUGAAGCAACUACAGGUGGAGGAUUCACAAGAAAAAGCUAAUUUGGUCUUAGCACCUGCCCACUCCCGAGAGAGCUCACCCUCAGGACGACACCCGCUCGGCCACACGCGCACCAGCCGUGCAGACUACUACCAGCAGCAGCUGAUGGCUGAGCGGGAGCGUUUGCGGGCCCAGGGCGAGGCCAUGUUUCAGGGUAAGGGCCCCUUUGCCGCCGCCAUCGCCGGAGCUGUAAAGGACCGUGAGCGUCGCCUGGAGGAGCGGCGAAGAUCCACUGUCUUCCUUUCUGUCGGAACGAUGGAGGGGGCAUCCUCCGCCGGAACGGAGCUCCCCUCUCUGACUCAGUCUCACUCCAUCGACGAGCGUAUACUCACCAGAGAGCUUGGCCAGCUGCCACCUCCUGCCUUGGCCUUGAGCCCUUCACCUAGCGGGACCACCUUCAUCCAUCCGCUGACAGGAAAGCCUCUGGACCCCAAUUCCCCUCUGGCUCUUGCGCUGGCCGCAAGGGAGAGGGCACUGACCUCCCAGAGCCAAUCCCCAACUAGCAGCCCAGAGCCACGGACUAAACAGGAGCGGGUGGGCCAGGGCGUAAUAUUCAUUGACACUCAGACCAAAGAGUCUCCACAUGGAGAAGGGCCACCCACAUCUCCACACUUUACAUCUCAAACCUCCAAGGGAGGGUCUAGCUUUGGAUCCACCCCAGCAUCAGUAUUCGUCCCUCAGCCCACCAAACCGCCGUGGUCACCCUCAAGUCUAUCGUUCCACCAGGAGAUGGAGGCCAGGAUUGAUGAGAGGAAGGAGGAAAAAAUGCUAGAAGAUAAGAAGAGCAUGUUAAUCAGUAUUAUGGACACGUCGCAGCAGAAAACGGCAGGGCUGAUCAUGGUCCACGCGACCAGUAAUGGCCAGACCUGUGGCGUGGGUCCAGAGUUAGAGAAGACAGCUGUCCCAACAUCCAAAGAGCCGAGCAAGUCACUAAGUCCAUACACUAAGUCCCCCAGUCCCACAGUCUCUCUGCCCCAGCCUCAGAGUCAGCGUGCUACCAGUCCCGGUCUCGACAAGGGUCUGGUUCAGGGAAGCUCAGAAGAGGACGCGGAUCCAUACACGGUGACGCUGCCCUCUGCCAUGCUGUCCUCCAGUGAUGAGGAAACACGCGAGGAGCUGCGCAAGAUCGGUUUUGUUCCACCGCCUGAUGAGUUCGCUAACGGGCUGCUUGCACAAGCUCAGCCAAAGGGUAUUUUACAGUCCCCAACCAAACCUCCUGCCCCUUCACCUACCACCCCGCCAACACUGACACCCCAAACGCCCUCAACCCCGAUUAGCCUGAGUGUAACCCCCAGCCAGCCUCAACCUCCACAGCUCCCACCUCCACCCAGCACUCCGCCCAGUGCAGCAGCUGUCUCAGGGAAACCCUCGGACGCCCUGGAGCCCCCACCAGUGGGCGAGUCCGGCUCUGCAGCCAAUUCGGGCAUGGAGGAGGCCGACAUGCGCAGCUCCAGCGAGCGGGAGAGAGACCACCACCUUGAGACCACCAGCACUGUCUCCACAGUUUCGAGCAUGUCUACGCUGUCCUCAGAAAGCGGCGAACCGGCCGACACACACACCACACACACUUCCUAUGCCGACGGGCAGACUUUUGUGCUCGACAAACCGCCAGUGCCUCCGAAGCCCCGACUCAAGUCCCACUUAGGAGGCAGUAAAGGCCCUGUCACCUUCAGGGACCCUCUGCUGAAGCAGAGUUCUGACAGUGAGCUGCUAUCCCAGCAACAGGCUGUGGCGCUGGCUGCGGCGGUGGCCGGAGGAGCCAGGCUGACCCCCGGCGGUUCAGCCUCCGUGACCGGACUGGCGCCCACAAAGCCGCGCUACCUCUUCCAGCGGCGGUCCAAGCUAUGGGGGGACCCGGUAGAGCCCCGCGGGCCAGGAGUAGGUCUCGGUAUUGGGAGUUUGGGGAAUCUCGGUGGGCUGGGACUAGGGCUGGGUGCCGAUGAGGGGGCGAAACCCUCUGUGAUGGGGGAGCUCAGUUCAAGACUACAACAGCUAAAUAAAGACACGCGGUCUUUGGGCGAGGAACCACUGGGAGCAUCACUCGACCCUGGGAGGAAGUCUCCUGUAGCAGGUGCCAGACUUUUUAGCAGCCUAGGUGAACUCCACACCAUUUCUCAGAGAAGCUAUGGCACCACGUACACCAUCCGCCCCGGCGGCCGUUACCCCGUCGUGCGACGCACCCCCAGCCCGGGAUCCCCCGACCGCGGCGACCCCCUCGGAUGCUACUCGGGCUACUCGCCGACCGCGCCCCCUCAGACCAUCCUCAAAUCGUCCAGCCUCAGCCUGCCGCAGGAGCCCAAGGAGGUCCGCUUUGUGAUGCGGAGCUCCAGCGCCCGCUCCCGCUCCCGCUCGCCGUCCCCGUCACCCUCGCACUCGCCCGGACUGGGCUCGCCGCUGCUGGCGCUCAGACCUUUCCACCAGAAGCCCCUGCACCUGUGGAACAAGUACGACGUGGGCGACUGGCUGGAGAGCAUCAACCUGGGCGAGCACCGCGCCGGCUUCCGGGAGCACGAGAUCGAGGGCUCCCACCUGCCAGCGUUGACCAAGGAUGACUUCGCCGAGCUGGGCGUGACGCGGGUGGGCCACCGCAUGAACAUCGAGCGGGCGCUCAAGCAGCUGGUGGAGAGCUGACCCCCGCCCUGAAACCACACCCAAGAUGGCGGCCGUGUGGAUGGAAGAGCAACACCUCCUCUUUUACUCGGGCUGCGCCGAUGUUUGGCAUCGUGCACUGAAGAGGAGGAGCUAGCACCUUUGUCCUCCGCAACCCGGAGGAGAUGACGCAUCUACGGUGGGGCGCCACCCCACCACGUUAAUUUGUAUAUCGUUCCAUCUUUCCAUUUUCAAUUGGCAAUAAAAAAUAAAAUCCCAAACUGAAAAGUGACAGAUUUUUUUUAUUUUAUUUUAUUUUUUCACAUUUUUGAAUUCGUUGUAUUUUUUAUUUAUUUAUUUAUUUAUUAUUUAUGAGAAAUUGCUUGAUGUUUCAUAUUUUUCAAUGUCAAACUCAAAUAAAAAAUAUGAACUGGAAAAACACAAGCCUGAAUGGGAUUUUAGUCCGUAAUUGCUCGGGUUUACGUGACCUGCAAGUUUGGCGGCGCACAUUAGUAAAGAUACAUUAGCUUGUUAGCUGCCCCAAUCAGUCCAAACCACAACCACGAGCCAUUAAAAAAAAGUAGUGAAAUGAGGAAUACAUUACUUAAUUUAUGUAAAAUGAUCUGCGAAUAGAAGAGAAACACAUGAUCAAUGUGUUUAUACUAUUUAUAGCUACAGAAUUAUGGUAUUUCUUGGUAAUAAAAUGUCCGGCUAAUUAAAUAUUCAAACCAAAUUCAGUUCUGUACCAUAAUUCUACAGGUAGCAUAAAUACACUAGUUUUAAGACAGCUAGCUAUGUUUACUAAUAAGAAUUCUUGCCAAGUCAAAUUUUAUGCUCUAUUUGGAGAUAAUUGUGCUUCAGUUAAGUAUUCUAUUCCUCAUUUCCGUAAUUACUUUUUGUUUUUGUUUUACAACCCCAUUUUUUGCAGUGCAUUUGAAGGAUUAUGGUUGUGUUUUGAACUUGUUGUUGCAGGUAACAAGCUAGCUAAUAUUUACUUUUGCUUGUUACCAAACAUCUGGGUCACGUAAACCCGACUAGUUAAAUAUUCAAAUCAAAUUCUCUCGUCUUUUUUUUUUUCAAUUUUGCAUUUUGAUCUGGCCCUAAAAUGGAAUAAUGAAACUCCAGGUCAACUUUUUAUUUUUUAUCUUGUGUUAGUUUAAACAAUCACUGAGUCACUUCUUCAGUUGUUUUAUUUUUGAAUGCCAGUUGAAAAAGGGAAAGAAGGAACGAUACGCAGAUCGCCGUUGUCCCUGACGACGACGAUGCCCUCCUCUCCUCUCUACCUCUAACCCCGCCAUCCACCAGGCCAAGCCUUUUUGCGGUUUUCGAGCAAAAGAGGAACGAGUUCUCGUUCCUGUCAAGAAAAAAAAAAAAAGCUCAGUUGCCUUUCGACAAUAUUUCUACAGCGAUCGACGACGACGACGGCGGUGAACACAAUGGACAACCACAACGUGUCUGCUCUACAUCUGCUGUUGUUUUUAAAGCCCCAAGAGGCGCAGCUCCACUGAACGCAGGAGAAGCCUUGCUAUACCCAAACUGUGCUAUCCAUUCCUUUUGGAGAAUGUUUAACCAACACUCGUGGCUUUUUUCAUAAUCAAUGAUUUUGGGUUCCCAAAAGGAUUAUUGUAUAUAUACAGUGGAUUGAAGAAGGCUACGCACUCCUGUUCAAAUGCCAAGUUUUUAUCAUAUCAAAAAACGAUGAAUGUGAUCCAAAACCUGUACAACUCAAUUGGAAAAUAAAUAUUUUCAAGAGAGAAAGCAAAACGAAAUAACUGAGAUAAUGUGCUUGCACAAGUUUGCACACCCUCUCAUAACCACACUCGAAAUCUCCCAUACCUGGGCAAAUGUGUUACUAAGGUUGAACUUUAUGACCGUAAUUCUAAAAGGCAUGUUUGGCGCAAACACAACACUACAGUGGAGCGUGUUGGUGGCAGCAUCAUGCUUCGUUUGGGGCUGCAACUGGGGCUUUAGUCAAGGCGGAGGGAAUGAGCAACAGUUCCUAAUAUGAGUCAGUGUUAGCAAAUACUUCAGGCUUCUGCUACAAAGUACAAAAAUGUCCAAAUAAAGGCCUACUAGAACAACGGAACUUCAUUUCUCAUUUCUCGCUUUUCUUGUUGCCCACGUCGUCCGCUCUUUAGCAACCCGCUUCUUCCUGAACUACUAAUCUAUCUUUUUAUGGUUUAAUACAUGUGAUGAAGUACAAUAUACUGUGUGUGUAGCACGGUACAUAUAGGCUCGCUAUUCAGGGUGUCCUUAAAUACAAUUCCUCGAUGUGCGUGGCUGAGGUGCCAACUCGUUGUUUUUCUUUUUUUUAAGAUAUUGCGGACCAAUCAGAUUUGACCGCAUCGCGCAGUGUGUGGCAGGUUUAAUCUUUUUUUAUAUCAUAAAAACCUGGCAUUUGAACAUGUCUGUGUGUAGAUUUUUUGAUGUCCACAAUAUAUAUAUAUAUAUAUAUAUUUAGGUAUUACAAUACGAAUAUAUGUGUAUCUAAUUAUAGCUCUCUUAAGACAAUUGUGGAAAGAGGAAAAUGAAUCUGCACCUGUUUUUUUUUUUAUUAUAGAACGCAAAGAGAAAGCUAUUCCACCAAUAGUUUACUCAUUUUUACCAAUUAUAUAUAUAUAUAUAUAUAUAUAUAUAUAUAUAUAUAUGAAAGGGGGAAAAUACUAUAUAAAUAUGGACAUGAUGUUUGUGUCAUUUCCUUAUGUUCACAUUUUGCUCAAAUUGUAGCAUGACAAGUUGCAUCAUCUCUUGUUUUUUUAAUUAUGUUUUCUUAUGGUCUUCCUUCAUACUCAAGGGUAUCCCAAAAUGUGAGCCACCCCCCCCCCCCCCCCCCCCCCCCCAUCCCCUCAUCACAUCCCAGCAGAUUUUGCCAGACGUGACAGUUUCUUCUACGUCUCAGGGAUGGAAGUUCGGAGCACUCAGUUGACGAAUUAGCACUCGGGCUCACAAUAGGAUCGUUAUUACAACUUGUGCUACUUGUCAACUUACGCGCCAUCACAAUUUAUUGAAAACGAAACAACGGGAUUGAAGAGUUUCGUUGAAGAGGGUUGACAAAAAUACAUUGUUUACCACUGAGGCAUGGUGGCCAUUUUAAGCAGAGUGCCUCCAUUUGAACAGUCUCAAUUGCGUCUACCCUGUUGGAUUAUAAUGACAGUGAAUUAUAGCUCAUCUGAACGUCAGACUGGUAUAUGCUAGCAUUUUUCAAUGACCAAGUAUGAAGUGUAAAAUUAUUACAGUGAUCCAACAUUAUUUUUCUCGGUCUCAGCCUAAUACUGGACCAGUAAGUGCAAGCGUUUUUACACCAUACUUGUCUUACUUGUCUCGGUCUAAUAUUGGACCAGUGCAUGCUAGCAUUUCAUGUUUCAUUACAAGUUCAUACAUUCUUUUUCUACAAGUAAGAACUCCAUUGAUUAACAGUCAAAUUGAGUACAUUUCUUGACACUUUCUUGUUUUAGACAAUUUAGAUAUUAUCCAUGCAUCCAAGUGCUUUGCAGCGGUAUCCGACUGAUAUUGACUAUCUGAGCCAAACAGGUCAGACUGGAACGUUAGCGUUUCCCCCAAUUUAUAUUCCAACCAACUGGUGAUGUUUUACAGCGCCGUGUAAGAACCCUAACUUUAUUUUGUUUUAUGAGCUCCAGUGAAACUUCCAUCCCCGAGAUCAGUGAUGCCGCACAUUUUUCCAAUCCAAACUCAACGAGCCAAAUGCAAAGAGGGCUGCGGGCACGGGAGCGUCCCUGCGAGGUCUUCACCAACAACCUGGCGGUCUUCGAGCAUCUCAACUCGCUGCUACCCGCUUAGUAAGCAGGACACCGUGGUAAACUGUGAAGAGCGACGAGAGCCAGGUUGUAGCCAGGUUGGACGAGGUUAUGAUCGCGCCGAGGAACAGUGAGCCCGUGUUUUGAGCGCCCACUCAAAAAGUAUCUGACGCAGUUUUGUUUUUUUUCUAGUUUAAAAAGCAUUUGUGGGUUGUAAAAGUAGCUAGCGCUCACUGUGACCUCACUCACACUCAUUUUGAAGUGCUUGUUUUUUUCCUCUCUCUCUCUCUCUCUUUUAACACUGUGGCUAGAUUUUUGUAGCGUGUGAAACAUAAUGACAAAAAAAACAUGUCCUGUCCACUGUAAACAUACAGUACUUGUAAAAAAAAAAAAAAAGAGUGGAGGGUGGGGGAAAUGUGCUAUUUUAAAUCACAAGCAAUGUAUAUAGGAUAGAUUUCAUAUAAAUUUUUGAAGACAAAAAACAUAAAGAUCUAUAUAUAUAUAUAUAUAUAUAUAUAUGAAUGUUUGGCAUACCGUAUAUGCAUAGUUAACCACCUGUGGAAAAGGUGAGCAGAUUUUAUUCUUUCUAUGAUCUUUUCAACGAUGAACUUUAGGGGAUGAUUUGCACAAAACAUGAAAGGUGACAAGGUGCUAACAUAGAAGCCACCCAUCGUCCAAGCGCAUGCGUGCAUCUGGAUCCCCCCCCCCCCCCCCCACCAUCUCCCAACUUUGCGCGUGCGUGUGAGUGCAAACGUUGGCUUGCUUGUUUCCAUCCAUUUUUACGAGUCCACUAUAGCCUUACUGUAUUACCAUCAGAGAUUCCUGCUAUAUGACUUAGUUGUUAUGAGAUGAUUGCUCAAAAAGACGCAUAAUGAUUGCACUAUAUGGACAAAAGUAAUGGGACAAAGCCCAUUUUGCUUAUAACACAUUAUGUCCACGGAUCCUUAAAGAAAGGAUUCAAUUUGAUUUUCCCAAAUGUAUUAAAAAAAUAUAUUGUCCUUAAAAAAAAAUCUAUUUUCUUUAAAAAAAAAAUGCCACAAUUGUCCUUUUUUUUUUACGUUUUCAAAUGGGCUCUUUGAAUUCUAGCACUUACAAAACAAAUUAUGAAUGAAAAGAUGACUAUCUGAGUAACUAAAUGUCCUAUGCAAAUGACAUUAAAUUGGCUUCAUGUCGGGGGGGGGGGAAAGUAAAGAUUUAUCAAAAUUGGUGACGCCGCCACGAGUGAAUUUAUAAAAUCCAUCUUUUACUUUGUAUGGAGGCUUACUUGCCCCUUCUGACUCUGGGCUGCUUAACAACAAGUAGCCGCCGGCGCAGCCGCAGCGCCCUAGCUCCGCCUACUGUCGCCAUGGUAACAGAAGCCAUACAUACACAGGGAACAGUUUUAAAUUGUGGGGAACAAUUUGUAAUGUCUCCUUUAAACAUAGUUUUCAGACGUCUCAUUCAAAUUUUAGAACAUUCAAGCAAGAAUUGGAAACUUAUAACACUACAAAUAUGUAUUUUACAAUACAAAUAAAUUUUUUAUUGGCCCCUAAUUGUGGUGAUAUAUAAUGAAGGAGUGGUCUUGAAUUUGAAGUGGCCUUAAGAAGUCAUAAAAUUUGGCUUACUUACUCCAACAGACCGACUUUGAUAUUUAACGCAUCACAACUGUAACAAAAGAUCCCGUAAUUUUGUGCUUUUUUUUUUUUACACAGAACCCAGCAAACUGUGCGCGCUUUCACACAGAAACACAGCAUCCUGCAAUCAGACAAUGAGUGAUGACGUCAGAAAUUGGUAUUACGUCCUUACGGCAUUCCCACAUCUGUUACGGAUCGAGAUUCUAAUGGCAAAGGAGGAAUAUUGGUGACAUGAUUUUGUUUCUCCGUUCCAUGUCAAUGCUGUUUAAGAUACAUUUAUACGUUGACGGUCUUAUGACUCCAGCUACACCUGACAGUACUUAAUAGAGUGUAUCAAAAACUUCCGUAGUGGGACGGGAAGCAUUUGUAUUCCCCUACAUCUCAUAUUUGCCAACACAUCAGAGGUAUCCUGUGGAUGGUCCACCCACAGCAGUAGGAGAUACAGGGUUGUCUUGGCAACCAAAGAUCAUUUUAGUUCAUCCCACAGAAGUUUGAUAAGGCCUGGUUCUUCCACAAAAAGAAAAACGCAUACAAACAUACAUUUUUGGACCUUCCCAAACAAUUGUCCAAAAUGUCCAAAUUUAGAAUUUAGGGCCAACCCCUGAGACUUUUGUCCAUCUCGUGUAGCUGUGUACAUCGAAAGCAAACAUUAUCACAGUCAAUUCUGCAUUAUGAACAUAAUGUAGCUGUUCAGUUUCACUGCUUUGUUCACCAGUUCCACUUCCCGUGUGCCCGUAUAUGACACGUCCGCUUUGAGUUGAUCCGAUAUGGAACAAACAACACAAAAAGGAAAAACCCGUGCCCAAAAAAAAAAAGUAACUUCAAGUGUACAUUUGUCUUUAGGACUCUUGUUAGUUGCAGCAUUUUUGCAGCUGUUGAGACUCAAUAAUAUGGUGCCAUCUCCUGAAAAUCUUGACAACCGCAUUUGAUAGCUGACUCACUUCUUGACCACCACACGGGACGUGCAGUCAUGACUGUGUCCUGUUGUCACUUACAAUAUGUACAGAGGCUGGCUUUAUAACGUCUGUGUGUAUACAGAAGUCCGGCCCUGUUUUUACAUCGACCUUUUGACCUUUGAUUUUUCCAUUUUGACUUCAUAGACAAAGGAGUAUUAUUUGCAGUUUCUGAACACACUUGUGACACAUCAUUUUGGAGCUGAUCAGUCGAAGUGAGGGGGUUUAUUAUCGUCUUCUUUUCUAAUCAACAAAGCACAAUCUACAUAGAGAAGGUGCGCUGUGACCUUUUUAAAAAGCCCGUCGGAGGUUUGGCAACCCACUGAUCUUAUCAUGGAAGGCUUUUGCAUUUUCUUUCACUGUUGGGUUGUUUUUUUUCUUCCUUUCCUUGUUUGCACUGUGAAGGUUUUCAAUGGUGGACAUUAUCCCUUGCAACGUCUCAGCCUUGUCACGUGGCGCCGCCCCCCGUGAUGCAUCAGUGGAUGCACGGCAAUGGGAGGCCACGACGGGGCUGACAGGUAGCAGAGGAUAUCGCCAUUGCAGAGAUAUGUUUGUUAUAUUAUGUAAUACAUUUUUAAUUAAAACAUGAACUGCUAA